CUGACACAGCUCAUACACCCUUUAACGCAUCAAAUUUAGGUGGUGUUUUCUUUUCAUCUUCCUACUACCCUUUGAUUUCCCUUUCAGUGUUUUGUGAUAAACAAUAGUUUUUAGACUAUUAAUUUACUUCUCUCUUUGCUAUAUUACCCUUCAAUUCCUAGUCGGCUGCAGCGGCAAUUUCUUCUCUUUGUCUCCGUGUUUUCAGUCACUUUCCCCAUGUUGCUGUCGAAGAAACAACCCUCUGCUGCUGCAACUCAAUGGAUAGAGAAAGUCAAAUACCAUAAAAAUAGAGAUUCCUACUUCAAGUUCUUGGGCAAUCCUCACUUUAGAUACACUGCCUUUCUUUUGGUGUUUCUUUCUUUAUGGUUUUUGUUACAAGUCUUUUGGUUCCCACCCACAAAACCCACCCAAACCAAGUUCUCCACCACCACCCCAAAGCCAUCGGCCGGAAAAUGUAAUGGGGAUGUCGCGGUUUAUGUGUAUAAUUUGCCGGCAGAGUUUAACCUCGGUCUUCUCGAUGAUUGUAGCCAUUUGAAUGUUUAUACCAAUAUGUGUCCGCAUGUGGCUAACCAUGGUCUAGGUCAGCCGUUGGACAACAUGGACCUUCAGUCGAGUGACUCGAACCCCUGGUUCGCUACCCAUCAGUUCAUCGCCGAGAUGAUAUUCCAUGCACGUGUGGACAACCAUCCGUGUCGCACGUGGGAUCCUUCCAAGGCCAAUUUGUUCUACGUACCUUUCUACGGCGGCCUGCAUGUGUCCAGCAAUUUCCGCGAACCAAACCACGCGAUUCGCGACGCAUUGGCCGUGAGAUUGGUAGACUUCCUCCAAGCUCAACCCACGUGGCGGAAGAACAACGGGAAGGACCACUUCCUUGCACUAGGGAGAACCUCAUGGGAUUUCAUGAGAACCAACAGUGGACCUGACUUUGGGGCAAACUGUCUUCUCAACCUGCCAUGUGUUAAAAACAUGUCGGUGCUGACCGUGGAGAGAAACCCCUGGAAAGGUUCAAACCAACACGGUAUCCCGUACCCUUCAUACUUCCACCCUUCCACGUCAGAUCAAAUGAUGACGUGGCAGAACAUGAUGCGACAGUCAAACCGACCCUACUUGUUCUCCUUCAUUGGUGCGCCACGUAAAGGCGUUGGUAAAGCAGCCAUUAGAGACGAAAUGAUAAAGCAAUGCAUGGAGUCCACUCAAUGCAAGAUACUCAAAUGUGACCAUGGCAACCCCAAGUGUUAUAACCCUAGUGAGAUUCUCAAAGUGAUGAGAGAAUCUCGGUUUUGUUUGCAGGCUCCGGGAGAUUCAUUCACCCGGAGGUCGACGUUCGACGCCAUACUUUCCGGUUGUAUUCCGGUGUUCUUUUCUCGGCACACGGCGUACACACAGUACUCUUGGUUUUUGCCGGAAGAGGCUUCGAAGUACUCGGUUUACAUGGACGAACAAAGCGAGGAAAGCAAAAGAAUAGAAGAGGUGCUGAUGAAGAUACCGAAAGAAGAGGUGGACACAAUGCGUGCUACGGUGAUUGAUAUGAUCCCAAGGCUCACUUACGCACACCCUAAUGCGAGCCAUAGCGAUCUUGGCUUCGAGGAUGCCGUCGACGUUGCGCUUCAAGCAUUGGCACAGCAUGUUAGGGACAAAGUAUAAUAAGGAAUAAAAAAUAAAAAAUUGGAGGAAAAGAAAGGUAUGUGUAGACUGUAGAGGUAGUUGAUGUGAAUUGAAUUCAAGGGAAAAGAAAAAGUAUGUUUAGAGAUGUGAAUUGAAUUGAAUGUAUAUGCAUACCAAAAUUUUAUUUUUUAUUAAUAACUGACCCUGUGUGGUCACUCUUUCUGCUUUUGACAA